GGCCGCGGCUUCCGCUUCCGUCCCAGCAGGGCUCUACCGCGGCGGCGGCGAUGGAGGCCGCGCCGGUGCCCGACGGGCAGUACACGGCCGUGGUGUACAGGCUGAUCGGCGGCGGGCGGUGCGGCGAGGCGGUGUCGCUGCUGAGCCGCGAGCUGCAGAAGAGCUGCCGCUCCCGCGGCGGCCUCUCCCUGCUGGGCUACUGCUACUACCAGCUGCAGGACUUCGCGGCGGCGGCCGAGUGCUACGAGCAGCUGGUGGCGCUGCACCCCGAGCUGGACGCGUACCGGCUCUACCAGGCGCAGGCUCUCUACAAGGCCGGACUCUAUGCAGAAGCCCUGCGGGCUGCCAGCCCGCUGUUGGACGUCCCCGCCUACCAGGGCCGGGCCCUACGCCUGCAGGCCGCUGUCCACUACGCCCAAGGCGACCUAUCGGCGGCUAAGAGCCUGGUAGAGGAGGUGCUCGCCGCUGCUGCAGACGGCAGCUCCGGGGCAGCCGAGGACCCUUCGGAGCAGGCUGACGCUGAGAUCAACCUGGGCUGCCUGCUCUACCGGCAGGGAAGGCACGAAGAGGCCAGCACCAAGUUUGCAAGCGCCAUGCAAGUGUUGGGUUACUGGCCUGAGCUGUCCUACAACAUGGCGCUGUGCUGCUAUGCGGCUAAGCAGUAUGACUCUGCCCUCAAACACAUCUCUGAUAUCAUAAAGCGUGGCAUCCACCAGCACCCAGAGCUCAGCGUGGGCAUGACCACUGAGGGCAUUGAUGUCCGCAGUGUAGGCAACACUCUGCUGCUGCACCGCACGGCGCUGGUAGAGGCCUUCAACCUCAAGGCAGCCAUUGAGUACCAAUUGGGCAACCUGAAAGCAGCCCAGGAGGCACUCACAGAUAUGCCACCAAGGGCUGAAGAGGAGCUGGAUCCAGUCACACUGCACAAUCAAGCACUAAUGAACAUGGACAGCCAGCCCACUGAAGGGUUUGAAAAACUGCAGUUUCUUCUGCUGCAGAACCCCUGUCCACCAGAAACAUUUGGAAACUUGCUGCUUCUCUAUUGCAAGCAUCAGUACUAUGACCUGGCAGCUGAUGUUCUAGCAGAGAAUGCUCAUUUGACCUACAAACUGCUCACACCUUACUUGUACAAUUUCUUGGAUGCCCUUAUUACUUGUCAAACUGCCCCUGAGGAGGCUUUCCACAAGUUAGAUGAUUCUGCAGGGACACUGACUGAGCAGCUGAGAAAACUCUCAAAGCAGGUACAGGAAGCAAGGCAAAACUGGGAUGACGAAGCUGUGAAAAAGGCGGUUAAUGAGUACGAUGAGACUCUGGAUAAAUAUGUGCCUGUCUUGAUGGCCCAGGCAAAGAUCUACUGGGAUAUGAAGAACUACACAAUGGUAGAAAAGAUUUUCCGCAAAUCGGUGGAGUUCUGUAAGGAACAUGAAGUGUGGAAGCUCAAUGUGGCUCAUGUGCUCUUCAUGCAGGAGAACAAGUAUAAAGAGGCUAUUGGCCUCUAUGAGCCCAUAGUUAAAAAGCAGUAUGACAACAUUCUCAAUGUGAGUGCUAUUGUGUUAGCUAACCUCUGUGUUUCCUACAUCCUGACAAGCCAGAAUGAAGAUGCAGAGGAACUGAUGAGGAAAAUCGAGAAGGGAGAAGAGAAACUGGCCUAUGACAAUCCUGAUAAAAAUACCUACCAUCUUUGCAUUGUCAAUCUAGUCAUUGGUACUCUCUACUGUGUAAAAGGAAACUAUGAGUUUGGUAUUUCAAGGGUCAUUAAAAGCCUGGAGCCAUACAACAAAAAACUGAGCACUGAUACGUGGUAUUACGCCAAACGGUGCUUCCUGUCCUUGCUUGAGAACAUGUCCAAGCACAUGAUCAUGCUACGUGACAGCGUUAUUCAGGAAUGCAUUCAGUUUCUGAAGCAGUGUGAGCUGUAUGGAAGAAACAUCCCAGCUGUCAUUGAGCAACCUCUUGAAGACAAGAGAAUGCACAGUGGGAAAAAUACAGUUACCUAUGAAGCCAGGCUCUUGAGAGCACUGAUGUAUAAGAUCACUGGGGGUACUGUGUAGGUGGUAUUCCCAUGCAGCAGAAAGGCGAGCUUUGUGUCUGCUCUGUUUGUGAGGUGGUGCUUACCCUGGUAGUGCACAGUGCUGUGGGUUUUUCUUGGAUUGCUUACCUUUAAAAUUUUGGUCAUGUAUUUUAACAACAUUGAGUGGAAAAUAGAAUAUUUACGUGAAGUUAACCUGCAUCAAAUAACUAGGGACAUCCUCACUAAUCUGUCAUGUUAGAUACACCUUAAGAUUUGUUGAUGAAUAAUAUAAUUACAGGGUUAUCAUAAGAACUUUCACUUGUAAAAUAAUGUAUCCUUUUGAGAUUUUGUCCAAAUUUCUUUUCAUUAGUUGUUACUUGAAAAUAUUUUGUUCUUCAUCUCUUCUAGCACAGAAAUUAAAGGGGGAAAGUUGUUCUCUGAUUUGUGCCUAUAUGGGAAAUAUUUAUUUCUGUGUGUUUCUAUGUAUAAUACAUUACAGACUGUCAGUAGUAUAUUUAAACACAUACAAAAAAAAUAAAGGCUUUAUAAUAAAAAAUUAGUCCUACAAACAUUAAAAUUCCCUUUUGAUAACUCAUCACUAAUGCAUGAGUAUUCUGGCAAUACAGGGACCAGGAGGGUGUGUUAGGACAAUACCUUGCUUUAGGUCUACCCUUGCAUAGAAUUGUUCUAACUGGGCAUAAAUAGCUUCAGAGGCCCAGUAUGGUGCUGUCCAUUGGCUUCUGUGACUACCCAAGACCCUGUGCCUGCAUCAUCGGAGUUGUUUUCCCUUUGCAGCAUGGCCUGCCCCUUUAAUCCAAAUACUCAUCUCAGAAUAUAUCAGUCUCUGACAAGAUGCCUUCUGAAUGUGAAAUUGUGCUACUUUGCGUAUUUCUCAAGCAGCAUUUAAAUUCCAGUUGAUGCAAAGCUUCUACUCUUAGACGAAAGAAACCUGCUUCUUAAUUUCCUCCUUGUGUUACUGUUCCUGCAUCUCAAUACUUCUCUGAAACCCUGUUUAUUUGGUUAAUUCCUUUACUUAGCAUCUCCAUCACACUGACUACAGGCAGGGUACUUACUCAACAGUAUUCCCAUACCUUUUGAAGGGAAUGGGAAGUUAAAGGUGUGGGAGUUUCCAUAUGUCAUACAAGUUCCACAGCAAAGUAAGACCAAAACACUUUUCAGUGGUUGUAUACAAUCUGGUUAUGGGCCUCAUGGGUGUUCUCCUUUGUAUUCUGCCUUCUCAAGCAAUAUGUGACCUCAAGAUUUUAAAAUAAGGAUCUUUUAAAAUAAAGAUCUGCACCUUUAACUAUUUGCUUAUCUUUAAUAGUGGCCCCUCCAAAGAGUUGUUACAGGGGAAUUUUGGAGUCAGGCUGUACAUUCCUUGAAAUCCAGAUUCUGUCCUGUGGUUUAUCUGGAAAGAAAGAGCAUUUCUGAAAGUCACUGUAUUAUAAAACAAUAGAAUACUUAAUUCUUCCACUUAGUCUGUAUAGGGACUGGAAUAGACCUGCUGCAACCAUUUCAACAUAGAGAAAGUUAACUGCUUAUCUGCAGGGAGAGACCUGUCAGGGAUGAGCAUGUCCUCUGUAGCUAAAGGAAACAAUUGCGGGUUAGGUAAUGUUAGGGUUUACCCCAGACUUUCCAAAACAGUCAAGUAAAAGCAAACUGAACAGUGUCAGGAAUGGGAAGAUGUUCUAAGGGGGCUAGAGAGCAGGCAAGAGACACAGCGAGGUGUCCUAGGGAGGACCCCAAAGCUCAUUACUAGACCAUAAAGCCCCCCAGUUAGGGUGAUUUAAAAUAUUUCCCACAACUGCUUCCCUGUGAGGAGGAGACCCGUGAUUUCAAAU